CAGCGGCUGUAAUGAGGGGGUGGGGCAGACAGCUCUUACGUCAGGCUUAAAGUAUACAAAUACAGCCCAUUUAAGAACAAUUUUGAAGCCAUUGUAUACUGGUUUAUUAAACACAUUACAUUAAAAAUGGCAGUACUUAAGUUUCUAUGUGCAGUUAUUAUUAGAUCACUAUUCAUUCUCAUUUCACUUAUCGCAGUAUGGAGAGUUACAUUGGUUAAACAAAGUGACCAGUAUUGGUUACUGAUCAUUCUCUGCUUGCCACUUAUUUUAGAAAUCAUUGUAACUUUGAAGAGAAGAACGGGAAUGGAUUAUACGUGGUUCUCGCCAGCUAUCUUGCUGUUUCUCAUCUGCAUCAUACCGUCUAUGUGGAUUUUGGAAAUACACCAUUAUAGUGACAAAUCAAAUGCACAUCAGUGCAAAAAGCUGGACAAUCUUUCCCACAAUGCUACACGUGUUAACAGCAUCACUGAAGCACUGAACGCUGUGUGCCCCAAAGACUGGAUCCUGGCACUGCACCAAAUCGUGAUCAUCCUGUUGAUCGUCGGAAAGCACCUGAUGCCCAUCGGGGUGAAGGUCACCAAGGACGAGCUUUCCCAGCUCCUGCUCAUUUUCAUGGGCACGGCCACUGACAUCCUGGAGUUUACCAGCGAGACCAUUUCUGAUGUCACGGAGAAUAAACCUCAGCUUGUGUACAUCAUUCUCGGCAUCUGGACGUGGAGCAUGCUGCAGUUCCCGAUCCAUCUCUCAGUGGUAAACCCAAAGACUGAAGAGGCGUCUGAGAAUGUCUCAUUCCUCAGGAGGCACCAGACUGCACUAUGGAAUAUCGUGGAAAGUCUCCUCAUUCAGGACGGCCCCUUCCUAUUGGUCCGAAUUGUAGUAAUGGUCCACUUCAACAUUGCUCUCCAAAUGCUCUUUUAUACCAUUAAGAACUUCUUAGUCGUGAUACUGAAUUUUUACCGUCUAUACGUCAUCUUCCUGGCUUACAAGCAACGCAAAUAAGUGAGUAUUUCUUGAGUCAUUCUUCCGGCUCACAAUUCAAAGGGUAGGCUCAAUUAGGAAGAUUCCAAGAUAAGUGGAUUCGUGCAAGUAAGAAUGAUGUUGCUGUGUGACUCACUAAUGGCUGUAUUUGUAAGCAGUUUAAACAAACAAAUAUGGAAGACACAAACUGAAAUGGUCACAAGUGAUUUCUAUUACUUUUAACCCAAAAUUGGUGCCAUUCAAAAACAAUGGUAAUUCAGUUACUGAUUUCAAUUUAUGUGUGUUAUUCACAUUUAUGGGCUGUCCCUAUUUCAUUUAUAAAAGUAACAAAGUAUUACAUGCACAGAAUCCUCUUAAAAAUAUCUUUAAGACACGUUUUUUAACUUUGAUGUGUACUGACAUUUGUUCAUACGAAUCUGAUUACAUUGUAUGACUCGAUAUGAGGACAGCAGAGUUUACAGUUAAUUUGGUGGCUGUUUAUUUUACAUGUAUUUGUUUCAAUUGUGGCUCUUCUUUAUCCAAAUAGAGUAAAUUUCACAGCUGGAUGUUUUACCAGCGGGGGCGGCAUGGUGGUGCAGUGGUUAGCACUGUCGCCUCACACCUCUGGGACCCGGGUUCGAGUCUCCGUCUGGGUCACAUCUGUGUGGAGUUUGCAUGUUCUCCCCAUGUCAUUGUGGGGUUUCCCCCCACAGUCCAAAAACAUGCUGAGGCUAAUUGGAGUUACUAAAUUGCCUGUAGGUGUGCGUGCGUGUGUGAGUGAAUGGUGUGUGAGUGUGCCCUGCGAUGGGCUGGCCCCCCAUCCUGGGCUGUUCCGUGCCCAUUGCUUCCAGGAUAGGCUCCGGACCCCCCGCAACCCAGUAGGAUAAGCGGUUUGGAAAAUGGAUGGAUGGAUGUUUUACCAGUUGAUUGUAUGUUAAGAAAUGUCACUUAGGGUUUAGACGACAAGGUCCCAUCCUGGAAUAUGAAGAGGCAAUAUUCAGGUUGGAAGAUUAUGUCUUUAACCAAUAUGCUGCCUGCUAAGACUGGUGCUCUGGCGGUUCUCCACCUAACAACUCUCAGCUUAGGAGGGUAAUGGUGUGUGAUUUGUGUUAUUUUCCCUAUAUAUAACUAUACGUGGUAAAAGCUGCAGAAGUGUGACACAUUUUGCUCGAUGUGACUCACUAAUGCAAGCCAUAUAGCCACAUCAGUAACUAUCCAGAAGGGUUGCUCUUAUUCCAGCCCUUCUCGGAAAACUCUUGUGCAGCAAAAUAACUGUAGUUUUUGGAAAAAAAAAGCUUCCGAAUAUGAGUAACACCAAGAAAAGAAUCCUACACAUACAAACUUCUGACACACUAAUGUGCCAACUCUACUAGGAGCAAUCAAUGGUGAAACACAAAUCCCAGUCUCACUCCGAUGGCUGAAACCUCAAUUGCAUCACCAAAUAAGCUGAAACUUCCUUAGGUCAUAUCUGUGUCUACCACUGACAACUAUGUUAGGAUUUACUUACGUAAUGAUUGGUGGAAAAAUGUGUUCAAAGACUUCAUGACUUCUGCACUGCUCAGAAUAAACCUGACUAUUAUAUAUUGUAUAAUGUCAUGAUCAUACCAAUACAUGAAAGUGUAAAAUG